AUGGACCCGCACAGCCAAUUCAUCACUCACCCGUCCGGCGAAACGACACACUACAUCGCCGACUGCCACGCCGACCCCUGGAAGCCACACGACACAGAAACGGUCCUCCUGCAAGGCGGCUUCGCCCGACACUCAGCCUUCUUCUACCACUGGGUGCCCGCCUUGUCUCGGCACUACCGCGUCAUCCGGCGCGACCUGCGCGGCCACGGCCUGUCCAGCGCCCCCUCGAUCCGGCAGAAGCCAGACGCCUACACACUCGACACCAUCCUGUCCGAGAUCCUGGACACGCUCGACCAACUCAACCUCCAAAAGGUUCACUUCUUCGGCGAAAGCACGUCCGGAAUCCUCGGCGAGAUCUUCGCCGCCCGACAUCCAGAACGCCUGCUCAGUUUGACCGUAUGCUCGAGUCCCACGCACCUCCCCCAGGCCACGCAGGAUUUCCUGGCCAUGGGCAUCAAGGCCACCAAAGGCCUGGACCAGGACCUGGACCAGGACCAGAACCAGAACCAGACGUCCUCGGCGUUAUCAUGGCCUGAAGCGUGCCGUCGCUUGGGCUCUCGGGGCUGGGCGCAGGCACUCUCGGAACGUCCGGGGACCAUGGCCUCGAAUGACCCGGCAUAUCGGAAGUGGUGGCUCGACCAGGUCUCGGUCAGCAGCGGCGAAGGGUUGGCGAGUUAUGCAGAGUUCCUAUGCACGAUCGAUUCCAGGCCGAUUCUGGAUCAGAUCAGAGUUCCCAUGCUGAUCUUGGCUCCCACAAGGAGUGCUGCCACCACCAUCGCCGCGCAGAAGGAGAUUCAACAGCAGAUCGGCAGCAAUUGCAAGUUGGUCGAAGUGGAUGGGCCGGGUCAUGAGAUUUACAUCGAAGCGGCAGAUGACUGUAUAGCUGCAUUUUUGGAUUUUGUGAAAAGAAUGGGGCCAUAGAUGCUAG